CAAUAUUUUUUGGGAAUCACCAACUGCCUAAUUCUUCUCUUCAAACAAAUCAAGUCAUCCCGAGAGCUUGUGUAUACAGACAUCCCCAAAAAUUGGGGAUGGGAGAUUGUUGAUCAUCUCAAUAACACUAUCGAGAGACCUUCCUUCAGCUCCUUCCAGAGCCCGUACGUGGGCUGCCGUAAAGAGCCAGAUUUCUUCCUGCGAUCAGACAGCAUACGUAUGCCCGAAUUCGUUAUUGAAACUGGCUGGAGUGAGUCUUGGAGCAGACUACAGCAUGAUAUGAACCUGUGGCUUGUCGGCGGCGCUGGAGAUGUUGGUGCGGUACUGUUGUUGAAAUGGAAACGGAUUGGUGAUUCGAACAAGGCCCGAGGCAAAGCAGAGCUUUAUGCUUUGGAUCGAAACGGGAUUCCAGUCAUGGAAGACUCAAAGGUACUGUACUCGAAUCCUUUCACACACUCUCUUCUAUUGCAUUUAAUCAAGCAUGGGUCAUAUUCCCUAUGCCAUCUCUGCCCUGUGGCACCCCGGAAAAUAUCUCUAUCUCGCGACGCCUUUUACUGGGCCCAGGUUGCCAGGGGUCACUGGACUGGGACAUCAACGACCUCCGCCGGAUAA